CACAUUCACUCCCACUUCUCUUCAUAUUUAUCUCAACCCCUGCCCUCCUUUCUUCACCAUCCUCACUCUUCAUCCUGUAAACAACAACUACUCACUACAACUUCACCAUCAAAAUGUCAACCAAAUACGAACUUCCCUUCCAGCUCUCCGACCCCUCCCUCCUCCACUUCGACUCCUUCGUCAACAACACCUGGAUCCAAUCCGUAACCGGCCAACAAUUCGAAGUCAUCGACCCCGGCACUCGCACCCCCUGGGCCACCCUCCCCACCUUUACACCCCUCGACCUCCCUCCCGCCAUCGACGCCGCGCACACCGCGUUCCAAACCUACAAAACCCUCCCCCCUCGCCAACGCGCCCAAUACCUCACCAACUGGGACACCUUAAUUCGCACGCACAAAUCCGACCUCGCAGUAAUCCUCACCCACGAAACCGGAAAACCGCUCUCCGAAUCCCUCGCCGAAGUCGACUACGCGACUUCCUUCACGCGCUGGUUCGCCGGCGAAGCAGAACGCAUCUCCGGAACCCUUUCCUCGGCCUCCAUCCCAGGCCGUCGCAUCAUGACAUUGAAGCAGCCGAUUGGGGUGUCCGCUGCCCUCGUACCGUGGAAUUUCCCCAUCGCGAUGGUUCUCCGGAAAGCGGGGGCGGCGUUGGCGGCGGGGUGUACUAUGAUUGUCAAACCAUCGCCUGAGACGCCCGUCUCUGUGUUAGUAUUGGCAGAGUUGGCAAUGAGAGCGGGGUUCCCGGCGGGGGUGUUCAAUGUGUUGACUACAGAUUUGGAAAAUACCCCUGCGUUGAGUGAGGGGUUGUGUAGGCAUGAGCUUCUGAAAAAGGUGACGUUUACGGGGUCGACGCGGGUCGGGAAACUCAUUGCGGGGUGGUGUGUCCCCGGACUGAAGAAAGUGACGUUGGAACUGGGGGGAAACUGUCCGUUUGUUGUGUUUGAUGAUGCGGAUUUGGAACAAGCCGUUGGGGCAUUGAUGGGCUUGAAAUGGAGACAUGCAGGGCAGGCGUGUAUUACUGCCAACAGGGUGUAUGUGCAGCGGGGGGUUUAUGACGCGUUCGCGAGGAUGUUGAAGGAGCGGACGGAGACGUUGGUUGUCGGACAUGGGAUGAAGGAGGGGGUGAGUAUGGGUCCGAUGACUACAGAACGGGGGGUUGAGAAGGCGGAGAAGCAGGUUGAGGAUGCGAGGAGGCUUGGGGCGGAUGUGAUCUUGGGUGGGGGACGGGUGGUCGGCGAGGAAGGGUUUUUCUUCCAGCCUACGAUUUUGACGAACAUGACGAGCGAGAUGGUGGUUAGUCGGGAGGAAUCGUUUGCGCCGGUGGCGGCGUUGUAUGUGUUUGAUACGGAGGAGGAGGCGGUGAGGUGGGCGAAUGAUACGAGUAUGGGAUUGGCGAGUUAUGUGUUUACGAAGGAUGCGGAUCGGUUGUGGAGGUUGUUUGAGAAUUUGGAGGCCGGGAUGGUGGGACUCAAUACGGGGAGUAUGUCGGCGGCCGAGGCGCCGUUUGGGGGCGUCAAGGAGAGUGGGUAUGGGAAGGAGAGUGGGAGGGAGGUCGCCGUGGAGGAGUAUUUGGUUACCAAGACGGGGACGUUGACGGUGCAGGAGCAUUAUUAGUGAGCUGCAGCUGGAUCCUCAAUUUGAUACGGGAUUAAUCGUCAUUCGUAUGUACAUCAGCUUAGGCUGCCUAAUCCACCCGCUCCAGCUUCUGCACCACCAUCGCGCUGGCUGCUCCUCCACCAUUGCAGAUGGC